AUGACGGCGUCUGCCUCGACGCAUGGGUGGCUGUACUCCCGCCGCAUAUGGGCCCUGAUCUUUGCCAUUGUUAUCGGUCUGGUUGUCGUCCUUCUCUCGCACAAUGGCCACCUGACCAAGCACAUGAAGCCGUUGAUGGACUUGCUGGAUGAUCCUAUUGAGCUGUUGAAGCUCGACAAGGUCGAGUUUGACUCGCUCUUCCCGAAAGAGCUGCAAGAACAGAUUGACAGUAUGCUCAGCCGGACCAAGAAAUGGUCAGAGACGCUGGACUUCAAGGUAGGCCGCAAUCUUGCUGCGCAGGGAGCCAAGCCGAAGCACCCUGUGGUGCUGAUUCCUGGUAUCAUCAGUACGGGUCUGGAAUCGUGGACUGUGUCCGACAGCAACAUUGCGUUUUUCCGUAAGCGUUUGUGGGGAUCCAUGUCCAUGCUUCGAAGUGCGCUCUUCGACCGUGACGAAUGGGUGCGUCAGCUCAUGCUGGACCCUGUGACGGGACUGGAUCCCGCUGGCGUUCGCGUUCGGGCUGCCAAAGGCUUGGAUGCCGCCAGCUAUUUUGCGGCAGGUUACUGGAUCUGGAGUAAGAUUAUUGAGAACUUGGCGGCUGUGGGCUACGAUAUCAACCAGAUCUAUCUGGCCAGCUACGACUGGCGACUGAGCACAAGUAAUCUGGAGGUGCGUGAUCACUACUUUUCGGAGCUCAAGUCGCGGCUGGAGCUCAAUCUGGAGGUGUACAAGGAAAAGACCGUCCUGGUCGCCCACAGCAUGGGCUCCAAUGUGGCCUUCUACUUUUUGAAGUGGGCCGAGUACCACCUUGGCGCCAAGUGGGUCGACAAGCAUGUGGAUUCGUUUGUGAACUUGUCUGGUCCGAUGCUAGGCGUGCCCAAAGCUAUGGCCGCCUUGAUGACGGGAGAGAUGCGCGACACUGUGCAGGUGCCUGCGAUGCUCUCCAGCUUGCUGGAGCGAUUCCUUAGCUCGCAAGAACGGGCUCAGCUCUUCCGUUCAUGGGCCGGCAGUGCGAGCUUGAUGCUUAAAGGUGGCGAUGUCAUCUGGGGCAAUCACGACAGUGCGCCUGACGACACGGCCAACGCCACGUCGACCCAUGGUGUGUUGAUGAAAUAUACGGAGCCAGCCGGCCGCAACUCGUCCAUGAUUGUUCGUGCUCUCUCGGUCGCCGAGUCGUACCCAUGGAUCCUAAUGCACACGCCGAAAGAGUUCCAGGAGAUGCUAUACUCGAACUACUCGUUUGGCUUUGAGCGUGAUCCCAAGAAGGUCAAGAAGAACAAUGCUAACCCUUCGAAGUGGACCAACCCGCUGGAAGUGGCGCUGCCCAAUGCACCUAACAUGAAAGUCUACUGUGUCUACGGCUGGAAUCAACCGACAGAGCGCUCCUACUGGAUGCGUGAGAUGCCGCCUGUGGAUUUGCAGGGCCAAUUUGACUCACAGAACUUUUCGUCGUCAAGCACGUUUGUGAACGGAACCAGCCCUGUGGUCCCGUCUAUGAGCCGCAUCGAUCCCUCUAUUCACUCCGAGAAGGCUGUGCCGAAAGUCAAUGCAGGCUGCGACUUGGGCGAGGGCGAUGGCACCGUGUCGAUUUUAUCGCUAGGCUCGAUGUGCGUCACUGGCUGGAAACAGAAGCGGUACAACCCAGCGAACAUCAAGGUGGUAACACACGAAGUUUUCCAUGUCCCAGAUGCGUUCGACCUGCGUGGCGGCGCUUCGUCCGGUGAUCACAUUGACAUUCUAGGCUCACACGACUUGAACGAAGUCGUGACUCGUGUCGCCUCCGGCAUGGGUGAUACCGUCGAGGAACGCAUUCUCUCACCUAUCCGUGAAUAUGCCAGCAAGAUUGAUUGGUAG